CUGUACUGGUAGCGUGUAGAUUAUCUUUGUGUUUGUGUGUGUAUGAGAGAGAGAGAGAGAGAGAGAGAGAGAGAGAGAGAGAGAGAGAGAGAGAUGGUAUACAGAAUAUCUGAAGAUAUGAAGAAACGUUUGGCGAGAUACUCCUCGCUGGAGACGGGAGAGAGCAUGGUAGGGUAUGUGGUCCUAACGUUCUUGACUCUGGAUCUGGGUGCUUUCGCCUCGUGUAUGAGCAAGAAGAUCAUGGGAACUUGCUUAGCACUGUCGUUCGUGGCGGCGUUUUCGAAAGUAAUGGCAUUCAUGGACACCUCGUUUUUCAACGGUAGGUCGUGCGCGCAGGUUGCCUCUACUUUGCCGCUUAGAUUCCAGGUAGGCGGCUUACGUAUUAUGAAUGACGAGAUUCUCGUCACUCUGACUUUGAAUGAUAUUCAGGUCGCAGUCCGCCUGCUGGCCAUGGGUACGCAACUAGGUCUCGGGGCCGUCCUUUACUUGUCUAUCUCUGACGUCGGGCAGGAAGCCGACUGGGAGAAGCAGCGCCUCAAAGAGUUGCUCUGGGCCACAUGUAUCUCAGUCUUCAUUCAUUCAUGGUUAUCUUGCGCGUUACUCUUUUUCGCGGUCGGUUGCUUUCUGUAUCACCGAUUGGUUGAUCUAGUUGGUGCUUGUACCAACCUCCUUUACACUGGACGGUUUGAGCAAAGAGCAAUCAGGAGAAUAUCACCUUAUGGUGGCGGACCUCUGAUCGAGCGCCUUAGCGUAAUGCUGAGAAUGGACGCGAUUGCGAGGAUGUGGCAGUCCCACCAUCGCCGUCACUUGGGCUUCUCUGUUGUGGAUGCCCAAACGAAUAGGGACUCGUGCGGUCUGCAAGGCUAUUGGUUCUACAGCAUGAAGGAACUGGUUCAGAUUGUCAGGAAGCAACUUGAUGACCUGUCGGAUGACGUUUCCAGCGACCCGGACGAGUAUUCACACUUACAUGAAGGUCAAGGCACAAUGAAAAUGGCCCUCGCGUCGCUCCUUGAGCUUUCGAAGAAGAGGGAUCCGCACCAAAACUGUCGUUACAGUCGCAAAUCAGGUGAGAUGGGUAGACAUAUGCAGGAUCUGCCCCUGCUAGGUCGUUGCCAUAACGAUGUCGACGCAGGGCGAGAUUUCGCGCGAGCAGAAGGAUAUCUCCUCAUGCUGCAAGUGGUCCAAUGCUGCCCUCGCAACGGCCCGGAAGUUCAGCUGGCUGCAAGGAUACUGUCGGGUUUUGCAUGGGGUCUGUCUGUCCUGCCGUGGCAACACGACAGGGAACCGGAUGACAAAGACUUCAUUUUGAACAUGCUGUGCGACGGUGAUUUUUGCUACUGUACCAAGGAACUCCUUGACGAACUGUUAGGAUUGCUCGGUCGCCGUGCCCCGAGGACGGGGGGCAAUGUAUCGCCUUGUAGCGGCCAAGACAUUCGUUCGUUCCAAGAAGCCACGAUCUCCGCUCUCUGCUCUUUCGCACACGCUGCAAGCGAUGUGCACGCGCAGGCCAUGCACGGCGAACGCUGCAAGCAGGAUGCAAGCACCGCCAACCAUCAGUCCGACGGGUCUGAUUGCACAAUUACAGUGUGCAAUGCAUUCACCACAUGGUGCCCGUUUGGCUGGCUUCUGGAGAAACAGAUGCCUGACUUUGGACCGGCGGACAAUACGUGGGUGAAAGCGGUGACCUCUGUCCUUGACAAUCAAGCAGCGGUGGACAUCUUGCUCAGCUACGCAACGAACGAGCUCAACGUGUCACGGAGGGUCGUUGGGGACGCUAUCAGGACCUUGUCGUCUCUCUGGUCGUGCCAGGUGAUAUAUUGGCACCGUUUCGACAAAAGGAUGCCGAGGGAUUUCCCUCCUCCGUUGGCUGACAUCAGCAAACUGCCAAAACACGAGGAGGUACGGUCGAAGCUCGAGUCGCUGGUCCGCGAGAGCGCCGCGGACGGAUCACCCGUAUCCCCUUUUGUGAAGCUGCAUCUGGCGAAGAUCCUUAUCUCGCAGGAAAUCAGAGGCCGGCAAAUUGACCUUGACAUCACCGACCUCCUCCUGCAUUGCCUCCGGUACUGGAGGCAAGCGGUUGGCAACCCACUGCUCGACUGUUUCGCUUGCGAAGUCAUGGAAACGCUGUUGGACGUUUUGGUGACUUCGGCAGACAGUGAACACAAACUGGCCAUCAUAGGGAGAAUGGAGGGAUCCCCAGGUGGCGUGGACUGUCUCAAACUCAUGACGCUGACCACUGUGGCUCCCAUUCGUGCCGUCCGUCUGCAGCAGAACAACUUCGAUAGCCUCUUGUCUGAGUACUUGUCGAAAGAGAAAGUGAACGACUGGUGUGGCGACUGGAAAGAGGACUACGUCACUGACUGUGCAGGAACCGCGGCCGGGCUUCUCGCGUAUUGCUUAUCCGUGGAAAACGGGCCGAACUUCAUCACAGCUCAUGAUGAUAAGUUCUUGAAGAUUGCAGUGGCGCAUGCAACCGUCGACAGCCAAGCGCGCAUUGAAAAACCCUUCGUCAAGAGCGUUUUAGGACGAUUCAAAAGGGCGUUCAACAAUGGUCUUGGUCCUCUGUGGUUCUUCGUUCCGUUAGGUCAUCCGGCGUGGCAACCGUUGCAAGAUUGGCAUGAGGACAUCCACGAAUCUCACAGGGAAGAUUCUCAGAAUGUGUGGCUGGAGGCACUGAACAGAGACGUGCUUGCACUCGUUCAUAGGAGGAACGUUGCCAAACUAAUUGCCGUGGUUCUGGGAAGAUCUUUCGGGGCCCCGCAUCUGUCUCCUGUUCUAGACAAGCUGCGUGAACGCCGUGAAGUGCCCUCUCUCAUCCUACCGACGCCGCGCGGACUCCAAGAGUUCAAAAUGCGUUGUCAACAGGAAACAGAGGCUCAGAUUCAAAAGAUUUGAGCGUUGGCGACUAAGUCUUCGAGUAGUAGGUGCG